AGACCAUGAAUGUUCUGCCAAAAGCUAUCAGAUCAAGCAUUGGACAUUACCUGUUUUUACCAAUAGUUCAAAAUGUCAAUCUGUUCCGAGGCGUUUCCAAGGACCUGCUUUUCCAACUGGUUCCUGAAAUGGAAGCUGAAUACUAUCCUUCCAAGGAAGAUGUGAUUUUACAGAAUGAGUCUCAAACAUAUUUUUACAUAAUCGUCUCAGGAGCAUUGGAUCUUCUAGUAGAUAUCGAUGGACGUGAACAAAUCAUUGGGAAGGCUGUUGCUCGAGAAUCAUUUGGAGAAAUAGGUGUUUUACUUGGAAGGCCACGACCAUAUGCUGUUACAACAACUGAAAUUUCUCAAAUUUUAUGUGUAAGUAGGAAAACAUUUCUGAACAUUCUUCGUCACAAUCAAGAAGAAGAACAGAUUAUAAUGAGAAAUCAUUUUCAGCAAGAAAUGCCAACCAAUCCUAGCGAUCUGAUUAGUAUAAAUAUUCAAACUUUAGAAGCUAGAACCAUGAAACAAGUUGAAAAUGAAAGUGAAAGUGGUGGAGGUGAACACCAUAUAGUUCUUGAUCAUUAUGUAGUUCCCAAGGGGCAUAUUGAAAUGGCUACGAGUCUACCAGAAAGAAGGUGGAAAGAAGAUCAACUCGACACAGAACGUGGAGGAAACAAAAGCAUCCAUGAGGUCCCCUGUUGUUCUUAUUCAGGUAAUAGAAGUCAAACUAGUGCAAUUGGGGGGAAAUCCAUCAAGAAGAGAGUUACUAUUCACAUGAGAAACAACAUCAAUUCAUUGCAGGAGCAGAAUGUGAAGCUCAUAAUAUUACCUGAUACACUAGAAGAGCUAUUCAUAGUAGUCACAACAAGGAGAACUGAAAAUGAUAGCUGA